AUAUCUGUCACUAUUUUCCUUCGUCGGGUCAUAUGACAUCAAUGAUCAAGUGACUGUGUAGUGGCGAGGAAAAAAUCAAAUAUUCGCAUUAAACUAUAAACAAAAUGAUGCGGCACACACUUGGUUACACCUUCGCAGGAUCAUUGGUCUCUGUGUCAACAGUGCUGAUCCUGUACCAUGUCCUUACGGGCAAGGGUGAGCGAGUUAGCGUUGGAUGGUUCCUCGAGGAAACAUCUCCAUACAUGUGGGCAACUCUAGGUAUUGCAUUUGCAGUAGCCCUAUCAGUCGUGGGUGCUGCCAUGGGAAUUCACACGACCGGUGUCAGCAUCGUUGGUGGAGGCGUCAAGGCUCCGCGAAUCAAGACCAAAAAUUUGAUCUCGGUGAUUUUCUGCGAAGCUGUUGCUAUCUAUGGCUUGAUUACGGCAAUCGUUUUGUCUGGUAUGUUGGAGAGCUUUUCUUGGUCAACGAUAGUUGCCAAUGAAAAUAUCCGUAACAACAACUGGUUCUCCGGUUAUGUAAUGUUCGGAGCGGGAUUAGCCGUUGGACUAGUUAAUCUGUUUUGCGGCAUUGCUGUUGGUAUUGUUGGAUCUGGUGCUGCUCUCGCUGACGCCGCUAACUCAACCCUGUUCGUGAAGAUUUUGAUUGUGGAAAUUUUCGGAUCCGCCAUUGGCUUAUUCGGCCUUAUUGUGGGUAUUUACAUGACUUCCAAAGUUAAAAUGGGAGACAAAGAUUAAAGUGGUUUUAGGAAAUAGGAAGUAUUAUUUGCUAGCCCAGAGUCAUAAUUGAUACGCAAGCAAAAGUGUUGCUAUAUUAACUAGAGAGUGCACUAAGUGGCCAUUCCAAUUUCUAAUGAUCAUAAAGGCUUUGACAUCCUAUGCUGCACCACGUCACCACAAACAUUUUUCAGUUCUAUGUAAAUUUCCUUUGACUCAAACUUAUAAACUAACAUGUGACCUCCUUGGUCCGAUUUAUGUUUUCUUUUUUGUUAAAAAUGAUGUACAAUAGCAAGGAGUAUCGGUUCAUUUAAAAAUAUGCUUUAGGUAAAUCUAGACGUAAACAGUAACUUGGAUUCGUGUGUAACGAACGCAAAAUCAUCUUAUGUAAAUGUAAAAUACCAGAAAAUGUGUAUCACAAUAAACGUUCCAAAUAUCAAA